AUGGAGGACAAGAGCAAGGAAGAACACGCCUCUCCUAGACAUCCGGAUAAUCCUUUUUCGGUUGAUCUUGAGAAAUAUCCAACGUUGCCUAAAGCACCUGAGUACAAGCCUAAGAUGUCAUAUCCUCAGAGGCUUCAGAAGGCCUCCAAAGACAAGCAGUUUUCUAGAUUUUUAGAGCUUUUCAAGAAGUUUCAGAUCAACAUUCCUUUUGCAGAGACCCUUGAGCAAAUGCCUCUUUAUGCCAAGUUCAUGAAGGAGUUGUUAACCAACAAGAGAAACUGGAAAGAGAGUGAAAUAGUGGUGUUAACAAAGGAGUGUAAUGCUAUUAUGCAGAAGGAUCUCCCUGAGAAAAUGCAAGAUCCUGGAAGCUUUCUAAUUCCUUGCACCAUUGGAGACAUCACUAUUCAGAGGGCAUUGUAUGUCCUUAGAGCUAGCAUUAAUCUCACGCUAAUUUUCUUGAUGAGAAAGCUCCAAGAUCACAAUUCCUUGAGAAGAUGA